CGCAGUUGUUCCCCAUCCAGUCCGGUGCAGUGUUUGCAAACACCCUGAGCGCAGAGCGAGAGAAGAAGGGGGGAUCACUCACUCACUGACUGACUGACUGGCCGACUCGUCUUCUUCUCCUACUGCCUCCGAUACAACACAUUCUUCUUCUUCUUCGUGGCAUCACUGGAGAUCGCUCUCCUCUCCCUCGCCGUGUUUUCUGGGGCUGUUUUCUACCUGAAAGUGCAGCUGAAUAUUUUUGUAAAACACGCUCGGGGGAAAAAUGGAUGUUCUACCCAUGUGCAGCAUCUUUCAAGAACUUCAGAUAGUUCACGACACGGGCUAUUUCUCCGCCUUACCGUCACUGGAGGAGUACUGGCAGCAGACAUGCCUGGAGCUGGAGCGCUACCUGCAGAGCGAGCCUUACGUCUCCACGUCCGACCUGAAGUUCGACAGCCAGGAGGACCUCUGGAGCAAGCUGAUCCUGGCGUGCGGGGACAAGGCCAAGUCUGAGUGUGACCCCACGAUGCCCCGCGCCCACGACGAGGACAAUCAGGACAGCCAAAUCUUGGAAACCAACAGUGUGAAUUCCGACGCCAGCAGCGAAGCUUCGGACAGUUCCGAGGAGCUCUCGCCCACACACAGCUUUACCUCCAACCCCCUCGGCUCCGUCCUGGUCGGCUCUGGACCUUUUAGCCCCUCCGUUAUUAGCACGCCGCCGUCCUCUCCGGAGGCCAGCUCGGAGCCCGGCAGCGUGACGAACCGCUGGGUGGCAGAACACGCGGAGCUACACUUGCCGGUCAAAAUCAGGAGCGCGGGGGUGGCAAAAAGCACGGAAAAGACGGGACUGAUCUGCGGAGAGGCUUCACCUGACGGCAGGAGGAGGAUACACCGGUGUCAGUUCAACGGGUGUCGCAAGGUUUACACGAAGAGCUCGCACCUAAAAGCACACCAGCGCACUCAUACAGGUGAGAAACCGUACAGGUGUUCAUGGGAGGGCUGCGAGUGGCGUUUUGCACGAAGCGACGAGCUGACCAGACACUUCAGGAAGCACACCGGGGCGAAACCAUUCAAAUGUAGUCACUGUGACAGAUGUUUCUCCAGGUCCGACCAUCUGGCCCUCCACAUGAAGAGGCACAUCUAAAGCAGGAGGGGUGGGGGUGGGGGGGCGAGCACCAACCAAGCAACGCAGCGAAAGUUUUUAAAAAGAACAAAAAAAAAAAAAAAACUUAAGCGCCGUCUCCCGACCAUUGUUCUUGGUUGAACUGUCCCAGAGCAGAGUGGCGGGAGUGUGUUCCAGCCAAAGCAUGCCGUUUUGCACCAUACUGAAACCCAGUGCCUCCGGGACCUCUCUUUGGAGAAAAGGCGCUCUUGAAGGUCGUCUGUUGCAACAAGAGGACAAAAUCACGGACGAGGAAGAAGAACUCUUUUUGAUUCUGAGAAGGACAUACAAACAAAAAAAGACAAAAAAAAGAUGGAGUGAAUGAUUUGUAUGUAUGGUGCAUGAUGUUUUGGGGACAUCUCCCGGACAGCAGAUACACUGGUACUUUAUGAAACUGUCUGAGGUAAGCAUGUGUGCACUGUGAAUGUCUGAGAUUGGAUCACCAGCCCCCCGAGGAGAGAAGAUUUUUUUUUGAGAGAAGAGAUGGAUCGAUUGAUGGAUGGAUAGACGGAGCGGGGCUGGCUCUAAUGUUGCUGUGGACUGAGUGGGUUUCUGGGGGACGGUUGUGCUCCCCCAGGAGGCAGGAUGGAGGUUCCUGCCUGUCUGUCUGGCACCCAGACCAGGGACGGGGGGGUUCUCCGAAGCUUUUGAGGCCUUGGGUUUGUGACUCUUGGACCCAAACUCCCCCCUCCCCCCUGGUCACCGUAUGACAGGAGCUUUUCUUUGGUGUUUUUUGGUGCAGCUACUAAAUGUGCAAUGUGUUAUGUAGCCUGGUUUAUUAUUUUUUUACAAGCUACAAAGCUCAUUUGUAGUCCAAUUGUAUAAGCUGUGUGCUUAGAGGUAUAACACAACUAUACUAUAACUUCAGUAUCAUAGACAGGUGUUGCAUGGUUCUAGGGUUUGUUCAUUUCAUGUUUCCACUGUAAUCAGGACUGCAAAUAGUUUGAAUAAAAGUGCAGCUAAAGUGCGAACGGUUAAAUGUUACAAUAUUGUACAUAAAGCCUUGAUGAUUUCCUCUUUUAGUUUUCACCCUCACUCUCAUCCGGCUGGAGAUUUCACCCCUGCUUCUUCAUGUUCUCAUUCAUCAUAAGCCUUCAGGAGUUGAUUUUUGUACUUUUUCUUUUUCUAUCUAAUAAUGCACUGUUGACCUUAAUGGUGCCUUAUGCAAGUGACUCAGCCCGGAGGCAGCAGGGGGGGAGGGAUUUUAUUUUUGCUCCCUCUAGAAGUCACACUUGUUGUUUGGGUGAUUUGACAAGCUCGAUCAAGGCUCAAUUACAGAUUACCUCGCACCUCUUUAUGUUUAAUGAUGGUUGUUUUUCAACCAUUUCCAGCGUUAGUUGUCUUGUAAAAGUGGAAAUGUUCACUAAAUGCACCUUUUCUCAGCCGAUUGAUUUUUUUUGUUUGUUUUUGAAUCAGAGCACCAGUUUAGUUGAAGUCAGAGCAUGCAGACGGGACACACGCUGUAUGUUUAGAGCACUUAAAUUCAUUUAUUAAAGAUGUUAACUACUGUGUA